AUGGCACAAAUCUCGAUCGCUCGUCUGUCUAGUGUGGAAGAGAAUAAUGCUAAAUUAGUCUGUUACGUUUGUAAUUCUCGCAGCGAAGAACCGACUCAGUGCAAACACUGUGAACAAAUGUUUUGUCCUCAAUGUAUCAAAGCAUCCAAUAUAACUAAUUCACACUGUCCUAGCUGUCAUUGUCUAUUCAAAGAACGAAAUCAAGUGUUGUUAGCCUUAUCAAAAUUGAAAAUCAAUUGUGAGAACUAUAAUAAAGGUUGCCGUGAAAGUAGCUUUUUAAGCGAAGAAUUACGACAGCAUGAAAAACAGUGCAAGUAUCGAUCUGAUUCAUUGCGAGAUGGAGACAAACAUGAAGUUUUGAAGAAUAGUCAAGGUUACCAUCAGGAAGAUGUUCAACAUUUGCAGGAACUGUAUGAUGGGAUGAACAAACGUGUAAAAGAGUUGGAAGGAAGUUUGGAGGACAUGAUUGGAAUGAAGAUAAUCGAGCCUCUGAAACAGCCGUUGACUUUUGUACUGGAUGAUGAUAUUAAAGUUGAAAAUGUAGAUGUUAAACUUUGUCAAUUGCCAGUUGCGAUACAGCUUCCUUUUCUGUUUCGCUUUGGACCUGGUAACAAACAACUUCGAUUCACACUCGUUAGCAAAUCAUCAAGGAACGAAAUGGGUCAAUAUUACAGUUUCUAUAAAUUGGUACUGAUGGAUGAUGAUAAUAUUUAUACAGCACAAAACCCACGCUAUUGCGAUCUGUAUGAAAGAGACUUGGCGGAAAAAAUAAACAGAGGAAGGAUCUAUAUAAUGAGACCGUCCAAAGCCGAUUUAGCGAAGCCUCUGGUACCAUAUCCAACACGCUUGAACAGUAAACUCACCUCAGCUGAACCAGCCAUAGAUGGAGAGCCAAAAACGAAAGUUCAAAUGCAUGAAAUGAAUUACUUUCACUUGAUCGUUGAAGCUGGUGAGGUGCAAGCAGAUGGAACGUUCGUUCCUGCUACAAAUAUGAUAGCUGAGUCUAAUGUACUAUGCGAUGGUAAUUGUGUUCAACAAGAAUUUAAAUGUCGAUAUAAACAAUGUUGUCGUCUUGAAAGAGAAAUUGAACGAAUAUAUAUUACACAGACCAACAAACACAAUCAGUACAUCGUUCGAUUCAAAGAAGAUAUAGAAACUAUUAGAAUUAUGUUUGAUGCCAUUCCGUUUCAAAAUUAUUUACAAGUGGAUGCAGUAGCAAUAGGGCCACCAUUGGCGCUCAUAUUAGCGGGUAUUUUCAUGUCCCACCAGAGAUGGGCAACUCCGAUUUCAACUCCGUUAGCAGCCACUGUAACUCUUGGUAUAACUCCGUAG